CCGAAGAACGACAGUAGCAGCCAUCCGCCCCUGCCACUAUCUCCUCCCGCCGCCACGCGCCGCCGCCCCCAUCGCCUGCUCGUCGAGUCCCAAGGGGAGGCGCCGCUUGCCGUCGUCCAGGCCCCGGCGCUCCCCAGCCACAGCAGGCCUCCGCUUCGCGGUAGCGGGCCACGGAUUGAGGCGUGUCCACUCCCAAUCCGGCGCGGACCCGACAGGCCGAGGUGGAUUGAUUGUCCACGGAGCUGCCCAGCGACCCCGCGCCGCUCACCUUGGCUGAUGAAAUUAGAAACAUUGGAUAGUGGGCUUUCGAAUGUCGGGAAAACAAAUGCGUCUUCAACUGAUCAGGAUCCUUAAUCAUGUUAGUGGUCAUUUAGAAAGUUUCAUUUUUAUAGGUUUGCAGUUGCACUCUGAUGUAAGAGAGAGGCUGCCUGAAACCUUGGACCAUCUUAGCUAGCAUUAUAGGUGAUUUUGCUUAAAGGGCAGAAGUAGCAGUUGUGCCAAAUUCUACAUUCGUAUAUGGUAUUAAGAGGAGGUAUUAGUGGUGGGCUGAUUCUCUGGGAGAAUGGAACGUAAUGACCUUCGGAUGACAAUCCACUCCCAUGGCGGCGACAUCAACCACAGCCACGGUCACGCCGCUGUUAAUCCACCUACUGCGCGGCGCCACCGACCACGCGUCUGUAGCCGCCACCCACGCAAAGCUGCUCAAGGUCGGCACCGCCUCCGCUGUCUCAUCUUGCAACCACAUCAUCGCUGCUUACUGCCGAUGCGGCGUCACUGCCCGCGCUCACGACCUGUUCGAUGGAAUGCCCGAGCGGGACGUCAUCUCCUGGACAGCCCUCAUGUCCGGGUACUCUAGCACCGGCCGACCUCGCCUUGCUGUUUCCCUCCUCCGUGACAUGUCUCACAGCGGUGUGCCACCGAAUGCCUUCACCUUCUCAACUGCCGUUAGCGCGUGCGCACGCCUUGCUGAUGCUGGACUUGGGCGGAAAGUGCAUGCCCGUGCUGAGGUCGAGGGCUAUGCGUCUGAUGCUGUUGUUGCCACCGCGCUCAUUGACAUGUAUGGCAAGGCCGGAGAUGUGGAGACUGCACGUGCAGUGUUUAUUGGUAUGGCUGCUCCGGCGAGGAAUGCAGUUUCAUGGGGCUCGAUGCUGUCUGUAUACGCGCAGAAUGCGCUUGGGCGUGAGGCCAUCCAACUUUUUGCCGAGUUCAGAACGAAAAGCAAUUUCAUGGCGCCCAACCACUUCAUGCUGUCAAGUGUUGUGAAUGCGUGUGCAGGUGUUGGGCGGCUUGGAGUUGGCAAGUCUGUGCAUGGGACAGUCCUUCGGUUUGGGCAUGGAUGCAAUGGCGUGAUUGUUGUAGGCUUGGUUGACAUGUACUCCAAGUGUGGAUUCUACGAGUACUCAAGAAAGGUAUUUGACAGGAUUGAGCAUCCAUCGGUCAUCUGCUAUACCUCCAUCAUCGUGGCAGCAGCAAAGUACGGUCUUGGGAGGUGCGCACUCACUUUUUUCAAUGAGAUGAUCGAUCGAGAUGUGCUACCGAACAGUGUUACACUGCUUGGCGUCAUGCAUGCUUGCAGCCAUUCAGGUCUUGUUGACACUGGCCUCCAUCUCCUCCACUCCAUGCAGAGCAAAUAUGACAUCCAUCCAUGCGCCAGCCACUACACAUGUGCGGUUGACAUGCUCGGCCGAGCAGGACGGCUUGAGGAGGCAUUUGAGCUGGCCAACGAAGCGCAGGUUGAAGGCCGCGAUGCCCUCAUGCUGUGGAGCUCAUUGCUGUCAGCUUGCCGGACACAUAGGCGCUUAGAUCUAGCCACCAGGGCUGCCCACAGAGUGUCAGAGUUCAACCAAGAUGUAGCAGGUGCACUGGUAGUGAUGUCAAAUGCAUACACUUCAGCCGGCCAGACUGACAAUGCUGCUGCUGUAUGGUCGAACAUGAGACGACGAGGCAUACAGAAAGACCCUGGGUGCAGCUGGAUUGAGAUAAAAGACAUACCGUACGUGUUCUACGCCGGAUUGGUAUCACCCGCCGGUGCAAGGGCAGGUGAAGUGAUGAUGUUGCUUGAUGAGUUAGAGGGUAAGAUGCGGGAGAAGGGUUACAAGGGUGGACUAGGUAGUACCAGAGUCUUUGAUGCUCAUGAAGAGGAUGGAGAGGAUGGGAAAGGCGAGAUGGUUGGAGUGCACAGCGAGUUAUUGGCUUUGGGGUUUGGUUUGCUGGUUACCCCCAAGGGGAUGACCAUCAGGGUGAUGAAGAACCUGAGGAUGUGCUGCGACUGCCAUGACGCGUUCAAGCUCAUAAGUGACAUUAUGGAGCGUGAGUUUGUUGUGAGGGAUCUGAAUAGAUUCCAUCACUUCAAGAUGGGGUCAUGUUCUUGCAAUGACUACUGGUGAUUCAAGGCUGAAAGCAAAGUGAUUGUCAACUUUGUGAAUUGUGAUACAGAGGGAAAACAACAAAUCUUUGAGUAUUCCACAAGAAAGUCAAAGGACAAUGUCAAAAUGUUCGAGUGCACAACGAAUCUUGACAUUCUUCCAAAGGGAGUCAGCGGCAAGAUUUUGUUGACCAUAGUCUCCAUGGGCAUAGACUUAUCACAUUUGCACAAUAUGAGCCCGACUUAUUCCAACAAAUCAUUUGAAUUCUUUUUAGAAGAUAUGCAACUCAUCUUACAAAACCCAAAAGGUUAAAGUGGUGAGGAACUGGGAUUGUCUCUGGCUUUUGGCACUUCAUAA